AUGCAGCCCCUCAUUACCGUGGUCGGUGCUACCGGCACUGGCAAAACCAAGCUCGCCGUUGACCUCGCGAAACGCUUCAAUGGUGAAAUCAUCAAUGGAGAUGCGAUGCAGCUCUACCGCGGACUGCCCAUCAUAACCAACAAGGUGCCUGUCAACGAAAGGGAAGGCGUGCCGCAUCACUUGAUUGACUUUAUUGGGCUGGAGGAAGAGCCGUGGCGCAUCGGCACAUUCAAAAACGAAUGUCUUCGAACUAUACAAGAUAUUCACUCGCGCGGGAAAAUCCCGGUGCUUGUUGGAGGGACCUCCUAUUACGUGCAGUCUGUUCUGUUCAAUGAUGCGCUGGUCGGAGAAGGGGCAGAUGGUGCGUCGGCUUCAUUACUAGAUGACUCUGAACGACAGCACGAAGGAUGGGAAGAAGGUCAAGGAAGAGAACAAGAAGAGUGGGCUAUUCUUGAUGCACCUGUUGAAAUUAUGUUAGAGAAGCUCCGAGAGGUUGACCCCAUCAUGGCAGACCGCUGGCACGUGAAAGAAGUGAGAAAAAUUCGACGGUCACUAGAGAUUUACCUCAAGACUGGCAGACCGGCGUCAGAGAUCUAUGCGGAGCAAAUGCAGCAGCGACAAGCUGCGAUCAACAACGUGGAAGGCGUCGCGGCAGGCAAACUACGCUAUUCCACGUUGAUAUUUUGGAUGCAUGCAGAAAGAGAAAAACUUUAUAAAAGACUAGAUACCCGCGUUGGAAGUAUGCUGGAGCAAGGCUUGAUGGCAGAGGCACAGUCCCUGUUCCAGUAUCUAAGGGAACAGGAAGCUCAGGGAUCUCAUAUUGACAUGACCAGAGGCAUUUGGGUCUCUAUAGGAUACAAAGAGAUGCAACCAUAUCUUGCAGCAUUAUCUGCUGGCGAGACAAAUGAGAAAGAACUCGAAGCGCUGAAAACGACUGGCAUAGAGUCCGUUAAAGCCUCGACGAGACAAUACUCUACGAAACAGGUGCAAUGGAUUCGGAAGAAACUCUGGUCUGCGCUCUCAGAUAUAGGUGCAACUGACCGACUAUAUGUCCUAGAUGGUACUGACCCGGAAGCCUGGAGCCGCUGCAUAACCGAGCCGACGGAACGCAUCGUACAGACUUUCUUGUCAAAUGACGAUAACAACUUUCCGGACCCGAAAUCACUCUCGUCACUAGCUGAAGAAACCCUGAAAGAGAGAGAGCAGAAUUAUACAAAGGGAACGACAACUCUGCCAGCCGUGGCCUUGAAACAGAUCACUUGUGAGCUAUGUAACAGAACAAUGAUGGGCCAGGAGCAGUGGGAUAUUCAUGUCCGUGCCGCGAGUCAUCGACGAGCAAUUAGGGCAGCUGCGAGAAGAGAACAGCGACUAGAGUAUUUUCGCAAUCAUGCAUCGCGAGCUGAGCCGGUCGAUGGAUUGCCAUCCUAG